CGAUCUUCCUCCAUUCAUAUCACAAUUUUCAUAGCUUUUGGUGGGGAAUCAACUUGCGAGGAGAGAAUCACGUCUCAUAUUCCACAACAAAAGAAAAGAGGCAUUGUUGUUCAUUAUUGGUUUGAUGAUUUUUCCUCUUCACCUGUAGUCUGUCUCCACGUUCGCUUUCCUCACGCCUUCUUCCCACGCGGAAGAAAAAGGUUGCCAAGUUUUCCUAAGAGCCCCAGGAAAUUCUGUCCUCAAACUUUCCCGGGCUGAAAUUGAUCCCUCCCCUCAUGGAUUUCUGAUUCACCAAGCUGAAACCUUUUCCAAAUCUUGAAGUAUUCCCACCAUUCUUUAAUUCAUGGGCAUUUGAAAAAAGCUCUCAUCUUUUCCCUGUGAUGUUCUUUUGCUUGUGAAUCAUGUCUCUUGGGGAUGUUUUGGUUUCGGGUUUGGCAUUUCUUCCUCUAAUCCCUUAGCAAAGCCUUUGCUCCGUGUUUGAGGCAUACCUUUUGUCGAGCCCUUUCAAUCUCUAUAUAUGGCUCGAGGCUUCAUCUAAUCGUUUGUUGACCACUAGCUGUUUCAUGAACUGUUUUAUCCAAACCAUGAUUCCGGUUGCAGUUCUCUCCAGCCUCGUCAUUCUUAGUGCUGGUUUACUUUCAGAAGCAGCUUCUCGGCCUCACGUUGUUAAUGUUGGAGCUAUAUGCAGUUUGAGCACUAAGGAUGGUAUAGUUGCUAAUAUCGCCAUGAAAGCAGCUGAGAACGAUGUAAAUUCUGAUCCCACCUUCUUCGGUGGCUCUAAAUUGGCUAUAACUUUGCAUGAUGGAAAGACCAGUGGAUUCCUCGGCUUAAUGGGCGCAUUGCAGUUCAUGGAAACUGAUACUGUGGCCAUAAUCGGUCCCCAGACAUCGAUAAUGGCUCAUGUUCUGUCACAUCUUGCCAACGAGCUUCAUGUUCCAUUGUUGUCAUUCACGGCUCUAGACCCUAGCCUCUCGGCUCUUCAAUACCCUUACUUUGUCCAAACUGCUCCUAGUGAUCUUUUUCUGAUGCGUGCCAUCGCAGAGAUGAUAAGUUUCUACGGCUGGUCAGACGUGAUUGCUGUGUAUACGGAUGACGAUGGCAGCAGAAACAGUAUAACUACGUUAGGUGACGAGCUGGCAGAGAGACGUUCCAAGAUUUCUUACAAGGCGGUACUGCCAAUUGAUUUAAGGAGUGCAGGUUCUCGUAUCAGGGAUGAGUUAAGAAAGAUUCAACGAAUGGAAUCCCGAGUAAUCAUUGUAAACACCUUCGUAAGGAGAGGGACAUUGAUUCUUGAGGAAGCACAUAGGCUCGGAAUGAUGGAGAAAGGCUAUGUCUGGAUCGCCACGAAUUGGUUGUCUUCUCUGCUAGAUGCAUCAUGGCCAUUGCCUUCUAAGACCGCCAUAGCUCUUAGAGGAGUUCUAACACUUCGUCUCCACACGCUUGAUUCGAGUAGGAAAAGGGAUUUCAUGGCACGGUGGAACAAGUUGAGUAACGGAUCUGAAGGGUUCAAUGUCAAUGCCCUCUAUGCCUAUGAUACUGUCUGGAUCGUUGCUCGGGCUAUCAAGACACUUCUAGAAGCUGGAAGUAACAUUUCUUUCUCCAACGACACGAAUCUGAACAAACUGGAGGGUGGAGCACUGAAUCUAGCUGCAUUGAGCAUCUUUGAUCAAGGACCGGAACUACUCAAGAAUGUUCUGAACACAAAGAUGUCUGGUCUAACUGGUCGGAUACAGUUCAACACGGACAGAUCAAUGGUACAGCCUUCCUACGACAUUAUCAACGUCCUUGACGAUGGGUUUCGCCAGAUAGGUUACUGGUCCAAUCAUUCCGGGCUCUCUGUCUUGCCUCCUGAACAAUUUUACAACCUCCCUCCUAACCGUUCGAGCUCAAACCAACAUCUGAACAAUGUAACUUGGCCUGGUGGAACAUCUCUGAAGCCUCGUGGAUGGGUUUUCCCUAACAAUGGGAGAAAGUUGAGAAUCGGUGUUCCUAACCGGGCGAGUUUCAAAGAUUUCGUACAAAGGGUCAACAGCAGCAACGAAGUGAAAGGGUACUGCAUAGAUGUAUUUGAAGCAGCGGUAAAACUGCUUCCUUACGCUGCCCCUCAUGAGUUCAUCCUGUUUGGAGAUGGUAAGAAGAAUCCAAACUACAACGAACUCGUCAAUAAGAUCACCAAGGAGGACUUUGAUGCAGUUGUAGGUGACACAGCCAUUGUCACAAAACGAACAAAGGCGGUGGAUUUCACUCAGCCAUACAUAGAGUCGGGGCUUGUCGUGGUUGCGCCCGUCACAAAGCUGAAUAGAAAUGCUUGGGCGUUCUUAUGGCCAUUUACCCCCGGAAUGUGGGCUGUAACUGCAGCUUUCUUCAUUAUCGUCGGAGCAGUUAUAUGGAUUCUUGAACAUAGGUUGAACGACGAUUUCCGGGGACCUCCAAGGCGCCAAUUUAUCACAAUCUUGUGGUUCAGCUUCUCAACUAUGUUUUUCUCCCACAGAGAGAAUACAGUGAGUACUCUCGGACGAAUGGUGCUACUCAUCUGGCUUUUCGUGGUUCUGAUCCUCACCUCAAGUUACACGGCCAGCCUUACGUCAAUUCUUACAGUCGAACAGCUGAAAUCGCCGAUAAAAGGAGUAGACACGCUCAUAAGCAGCACGGGCCGUAUUGGUUUCCAGGUAGGUUCUUUCGCCGAGAAUUACUUGGUUGAUGAACUGAACAUCGCGAAAUCUAGACUCGUUCCCCUCGGCUCUCCCGAGGAAUUUGCGGAUGCUCUUGGAAACGGAACUGUUGCAGCAAUCGUCGAGGAACGUCCCUACGUCGAUCUCUUCCUCUCUGAUUACUGUGACUUCGCCAUUAGAGGACAAGAAUUCACCAGAAGCGGCUGGGGAUUUGCUUUCCCUAGAGACUCUCCGUUAGCAGUUGACAUGUCGACAGCGAUCCUGAGCCUGUCUGAAAGCGGGGAGCUUCAGAAGAUCCACGACAAAUGGCUGUCCAAAUCUAACUGCAGUAACCCGCACGGCUCAAAACCGGUUGAUUCAGAACAGCUCAACCUGGAUAGCUUCUGGGGCUUGUUCCUCAUGUGUGGGAUCGCUUGUUUCAUCGCUCUCUUCAUCUACUUUGGCAAGAUAGUUCGCGACUUCUGUCAUCAUGCCCCCGAGGAGUCAGCAACAAGUUCUUGUUCUAAAACACUGCAGACUUUUGUGGACUUUGUGGAUGAGAAGGAAGAAGAGGUGAAGCAAAGGGUGAAGAGGAAACGGACUGAAUCAUCUUCGAAUGGUUACAGUGUUUCGGGAAACAGAUCCGAGCUGAUAUGACCGGAAAGAAUCAACCUUUGCAAUGGAUAGCUUCACAACAUUGAUGCAGAAGAACGUCUUGAACAACGAACAGAAGCUGCUCUGAUCAUUUGUUCCUCAUGAUUAGUAGGUUAAAAUCGAUUUUGUUUAUUGCACAUACCGAUCAGAUUGUAACAUAACUGAAACUAGAAGCAUAAAAUUACUGCAGAAGUACUUGUAACUGUAAAACCAAACUGUCAUACACUAAAGAAGAAAUCUUCCCUGUUCUUGUUCUUGUUUU